AUGCGUUUCGCAAUUGUGAUCUUCGCGGCGGUUUUCGCCCUCACGGCGGCUGAAUACCAAUCAUACGAUGGGUAUCAAGUGGUGACCAUUAAAGUGGAUUUGCCCGCGACAGUGGAUCUUCUGUUCCAAUGGCAAGAGCAGGGAAUCGACUUCUGGGACAGCCUGAACUCAAUCGGUCGCCCGACGAGAGUCAUGAUUCCUCCGCAUCUCCUCGAAGAGUUUCCCGCCUUCCUCAGGGAAAACGAGAUUUCCUACGAACUCUCGAUUCCUAAUGUCGAAACUGUCAUCGCGGAGGAGCGAAGAGUUAACAUGGAGAGAAGAGCGAUUGCCAUGAUGAAGAAGGCGAAUUCGCCACGAGCAACUGCAGAUUUCUCUUACUAUUGGCAAACGGAGGAAAUCAAUGAAUAUCUGCGUGAACUUGCUGACGAAUUUCCCCACUUGGUGACUCUUGAAGUCGCCGGACAUGGUUAUGAAGGUCGUGUAAUCUACGUCCUUAAAAUAUCAAACACGAACUUCGAUGGCACUAAGCCUAAGAUCUUCAUCGACUCCACAAUCCACGCUCGCGAAUGGAUCGCUCCGAUGGCAACUCUUUACCUCAUUCACGAGAUGGUGCAACAUUCAGCCAAUUAUCCUGAACUCUACGAUUGCGAUUGGAUCAUCAUUCCCGUGGCGAAUCCUGACGGAUAUCAAUUCAGCCAUGACAGCACUCGCAUGUGGAGAAAGAAUCGCGCAAUCAACCAAGGAAGUAUUUGCCGAGGAGUCGAUGGCAACAGGAAUUACAGAUAUCGCUGGGGCACAACUGGAAUCAGUACCAAUCCUUGCUCUGAUGUCUUUUUGGGUCCUGCGCCGCUGUCUGAGCCUGAAACCCAGAUUGUGUCAAAUGAACUGGCCAAGGAAGCUGGUAACAUUCGCUUGUACUUGAGCGUCCACUCCUUCGGAGACAUGCUGCUCUUCCCUUGGGGAUAUGAACGCAUUUAUCACGCCAAUCGUGAUCAGCUUUUCGAACUGGGAGAUUAUGUGUCUGAUGCAAUCUUUAACGCCCACGGACGUCGUUACAUCGUCGGAAACUCUGCUACUGUCCUGUCUCCAGCCUCAGGAGGAAGCGAUGAUUAUGCCGCCGCUGAACACCACAUCGAUCUUGCCUACACAAUUGAACUUACAGGCGGCCAAAACAAUGGAUUCGAUUUGCCACCAGAACAAAUUAUCCCUGUUUCUGGAGAAAUGUUCACAGGUUUCCGUGCUUAUGCUCGAUACAUUGCAGAGCAUUACUAA